GUCAUCGAAGCUGUCCGUGACACCGUCCAAGUCCGGGGCUCCGAGUCCAACCCUCGAACCAGGAUGAACAGGAGCAACACCGAGGUCGUCACAGCUCAUCCAACCUUGAAACCCAUCGCUCCCACGUCCCGCCGUUCACACUCGCAGGACUCCGGCAUGCAGACCCCCGACAAGAACAAGUCUACUGGUCGCGCACGCCCGGGCAAGAAGGGCUCGUCCCAUGCAGACGUUAUCGAUAGGUUGGAUUUCUCUGGCGUCGGCCCCAUGUUCCAUCAUGAUGGACCUUUCGACGCCUGCGCGCCCUCUCGUAACCGCCACCGGACAAAGGCUCCCAUGAUGGCGUGGAGUGCCGUGACCGACGCCGACAAGGAGGCGCUUGCCAAUGCCCAGGAAAUGCCUCGGGCGUACGAGUCGCCCUACCCGACGUCGCCUGACGUCUACGUGCCCUACGAGGCCCCGAAGAAGAAGUACGACGCCAUCGCAGAGGCUUGGGGAAUACACGAGCCUGAGCCGUUCGAAGACUUCUCCGCAGGUGGCGGCUCCUCCAGGAUCGGCAGCGAAGCGUACCCCUCGCGCAAUGGCACAUCGCGACGGCCCGCCGAGCGCGCCCAACGGGACAAGCAACGUGAGCGUACCAAGGAUGUGCGCCCCUCCGCCAAUCGCCAGCAGUCCAAGCGCGGCGCCCUACCUCCUCCCCAGCCAAUUUUUGUGCCGGAGGCGGAUGGGGAGCUUCCCGCUCAGGCUCAGGGCGAGCCUCCUUCGCCGACGACCGACGCCCCCAAGCGCUCCAAGUCUAUCAUCCGGCGCAUCCGCAAAAUGCGCGACUCGCCAAACAUCCCCCUGGGCGCCGACGAUGAAGGUGCCGGCCGCGACCCUUCUCCGACGUCGUCCGCAGAGAACACGGCGAUGACGACGCACUCGGCACCCGCCUACGCUACACGGCCUACACACCGUGCGCAGAACUCGCUGCUCGGGCGCUUCGGCCGCGCCGCCAAUCGCGACCUUUCGCCAGGCAGGGAUGACGGAGGCUAUGUGUACGUCGAGGACCCGCCCCCGAUGAACAAGGAGAAGUCGCUGCCUGCGACGCCCGGGCGUGGCGGGUACAGCCCUCCUGCCGAGAACGUGCCAGACUACUUUGAGCAUGCCGGGGGCGACGCCGCGGUGUCGCCCGGAGGGUCGAACCUGGGCCGGAAGACGAGCCUUAUGAAGAAGGUCAGGGGCGUCGUCAAG